ACUUCAGUCUGUCAGAUGAGACGCAAACUCACUUCCUCAGACGCGCCGCGGCCAAGCAAUGAUCCGAUCUGUCCGCGCUGAGCAGAGGACAGGCUUCGCUGGAAAUCAGCUCAAACCCCGGCUAUUUAUCUCUGGGCCCAUCUGUGAUAGAGGCAGGCGCGCUGAGCGGAGGCUCUUCUAACAGAGCGCUUAAAGACUGCGGAUGGAGGCGCCCAUGCUAUCUGCCUCAGUGAGUCCGGUCCAACAGGAAACCAGAGAAAGUGCGCCGCUUACAGAACUGAAACCUGCAGCGUGCAUGAAGAGCUUUUGAACCCAUUAUGUCCUGCAGCAUAUGAAUUGAAGUGAUGGAUAGGUCAUCGUCCACCGUUAGGCGGCGAGCCUGGAUCAACAGCAGCCGACAAUGGCCGACAGUGGAGGACAUGGAGGGUCCGCUGUGUAACCUCGCAGCCUCGGCCUCCAUAGCAGAUGACGAUGUUUUUUCUGAUGCCAGCUUCAGUGGAAAGAUUGAGAACUGGCUUCUUGGUUGUGGAUCUGAUGUCCGCUUAGAGAACAGCAGCCGGCUAAGUUUCGAGUCUGCACUGCAAGCCAAAGCCUUUUGUGACGACCUGAGCCUUGGAGCUGAUGCUGACUCAGUCAUAAACUUUGGAGAAACUACAACUAACUGUCGAAAUCGUUCCUUCACAAAACAGCCCAGCAGGGUCAGCAGCAGUACGCCUCUUCAUAAACUAUGCCCGCCGUCACUGAACCUGGGCCACAGCAUGGCCUCCAGCUGCUUUUCCUCUUCCACUUGGAAAACAGUGUCAAGUGUGUCAGAGGUUCUGCAGAUGUGUUCAGAGGAUGCAGAGGAGACUCUAUACGAACUGGGUUUUGGCUGUGAAGAACCACAGGUCACUGUCCGCAUCCCUCCUCGAUUCUUCACCUUCCCCUCUCAGGCUCAAGGCAUCAACUUCCGCCUGUUCCUGGACGCCCAGAUCCGGCGAAUAAGAGAGGAGGACCCCAGCCUUUCACUUGCCAGUCGGUUCAGACAAGUGCAAGUGCUUACAGCCAUGGCCAAUGCUUUCUAUUCCCUCUACUCCCAUGUGUCCCGCACUCCUCUCCAGAAGCUGGCCACGCCAGAGUUCAGCUUCUCCUCUCCUGUGGAGAGGAUUGAAAGGUUUAGGACCAGUGUUCGCAGCGAGCCUCGCUCUCCUGUGGAGAGGCUGAAGGACACUGUAAACAAAAUGUGCCUCUACACCGGCUCGCCUCGUGGGUCGGACUCCACCUCUCCACAGCCCUCACCCAGAAAGAGAUCCAGCCUUCCUGACGUGGUGGAUAUAAUGCUGAAAUUCAGAACUGGGAGUGCUAAGAAGCUGGAUUUGGGGGAACAUGACAGGUGUGGAUCUUGUGAGGAUUUUAGGUUGCUAUCAGAUGGCAGAGAUAUAGAGCAAGUGAAGCAGACUUUAGAGGACAAAAACACUUAUCAGGAGGGGAAUAAAAUCUGCAAGGAGGAGACCCCUGCCAACGAAGAGGCAGAUAAUGCUGAUAAUGUCAGACAAGAAUAUUGUGAAAGAACAUCUCUAUCAUCAUCGUUGUCAAGAGAAACUGUGAUAGAAACAGAAACUCUGCUUCCCACGAAUCAGUCAGAGCUGGACUCAUGUUUGACACAAAGGGACACAACGACAAAUGAACUGAUUCCUGCUGCCAAAGUUUCAUAUGAUCUAAUCUGCCCUCCAAUUGUUGAGCGUGUGCAUCAGGCUUCUUUCUGUUGUCAAAACCAAAACCGCUUCCUUCAUAUUGCUGGGACAGAAAGUAGAGACAGACUAAGUUCUCCAUCACAUACACCUGCAGUGCAAACCCCUGCCUCUGAGCCUAAUGAAGACUUACACCUUGGAUCUUCUAGAAAGACCCUACAGGUGGAUGGGCCUGGAUCACCUCUGGUUCUCGAGCCUGUAGACAGCUACACUCACUGCUGCAUCACAGUGACUGGCUUGGAAGACGAGGAUGUGUCCUCGACCUCCAUGAACUCCUGCCAUGUUUCCCCUGCCUUAUCAAAGCGGACUCCUGCAGAGCUGUUCAAUGAGGGAGAGGGACAGUACCUGAACCCGUUAACCCAUCCUGGACUGGGCAAAUUCUCCAGCAAUCAUCAGCAGGUCAACUCAUUCGAGCUGGAGGAGGUGCACAGCGCAGGAGAGGAAGAUUUUGGACAACCAGAAGCGAGUACUGUCACUUCAUCACUCUCUAGAAAACAUUCAUGCAAAGGUGAAGUGGUGCGGGGCGACAGCGUGCAGUCCGACAGCAGCGGCUACGCGGAUGAAGAAAUCAGCCCCUCAUUAGACAGACACGGCAGGUGACGGAGAGAAAAAGGCACGACUAAAACGUACCACAAGAUCUGCAAACCUUUUCCAUUUGACUUUGCUUGAACUCUUAAAAUGUGAAUGUUUCAGAGGCUACAUAGAAAAUGUGCAACGCAUGAUUAUAUGAAACAGAACUGUGUAAACAAGCAAAGACUUGGACAGUGAAGUGUGAUGAAAUGGUACUUUAAUCAGGGCAAAAUCAACUUAAAUUCUUACAAAAAACGUUUUAUUGAAAAAGAAGAAACAUCAACAUCCAAUAGAGAUCAUAUUUCAUUUCAUUUUUAUAAUGUGUAAAAGUGCCAGCAAAGAGAGUUGAAUAAAACCAGCUCCUAACUUCCUCCUUUAAUGAUCAAAAAACAGUUUGCAUAUCUGCCUUUUCUGAGAAGGGUUACAACCCACAGAAAUGUUUCACUUGCAUUUAGUAGGCAAAUACAUGAAACAGCAGAUAACUAAAACUAUUUGUCAAUACAUACUGUAGAUGAGGGAGGGAUUUCUUAGUAGUGGAGAAAGCUUUUACACAGACAACAGUUUCUGAUAAUCACAAUUCAAGUCCAAGUUCAAGAAAACAAAAUAAAACAAAUGAUGUAAAUGAUGGUCAUUACAUGCACAAUGCUUUAGAGGUAACGUUAUAAUUUGUGGUAGCUUUAUGCGCUGGGUCUGUGUGAAAGAGUGGAUAUAUUUUGUUAUAAUGACAGCAGUUCUCACCUGACACACCCCUGUAAAAAUGAGAUCCUAAUAAAUUGUUGCAAAACCUUC